CGGACUUUGUACUGAUCGAAGACUCGAUUUUCUCUUGUUUUUACUAACUUUAUUUAAUUAAUAAUUGUUUGCUUGCAAUUAAAUAUUGUUUUUUACAAUCACAAUGGCCCGCGUACUUGUUGGAGUGAAGAGAGUCAUCGACUAUGCCGUCAAAGUUCGUGUGAAACCAGACAAGACUGGCGUUGUUACGGAAGGUGUGAAACACUCCAUGAACCCGUUUGAUGAGAUUGCUGUGGAGGAGGCUGUGCGCCUGAAGGAGAAGAAACUGGCCAGUGAAGUCAUAGCUGUAUCAUGUGGACCAACACAGGCACAAGAAACCCUCAGAACAGCUUUAGCAAUGGGAGCUGACCGCGCUAUCCAUGUAGAAGUUGCAGGCUCAGAGUACGAUACAAUGCAGCCCCUGCAUGUGGCCAAGAUCCUUGCCAAACUGUCCAAAGACGAGAAAGCUGACAUCGUUAUUGUUGGCAAACAGGCUAUUGAUGAUGACUCAAAUCAAACUGCACAAAUGACUGCUGCCCUUCUAGAUUGGCCACAGGGCACUUUCGCUUCUAAGGUAGAGAAAACGGACGCCGGUUUAACGGUGACCCGCGAGAUCGACGGCGGACUGGAGGUGAUAAAGACCAAGCUGCCAGCCGUAAUCAGCGCUGACCUGCGCCUUAAUGAACCAAGAUAUGCCACACUACCUAAUAUUAUGAAAGCUAAAAAGAAGCCAUUGAAGAAAGUGACAGCUAAAGACCUUGGAGUGGAUUUAGCGCCGAGAAUCAAGAUAGUUUCGGUAGAGGACCCACCAGUGCGGCAGGCUGGCACCAUCGUUCCAGACGUUGACGCGCUAGUGGCUAAGCUUAAGGAAGGCGGACACAUUUGAAAACUCCAACUUCAGAGAAAUCCAACAUUUAUUACAUAAUAGUGUUUGUUGUAUAGCAAAAAAAAACAAAAACAAUUUGUACAUGAUAUUUUACAUGAAUUGUCAAUUUAGCUCUAUUGUACCAUAAUGUUGACG